GCAUAGCUUUAUUGAAGAAGCCAAAGCUGGUUCACGCAGACAUAUGGGACCUCCUUUGGCAGAUUCUCGGCACAGACCAUGCGAAUAAUCCAAACCGCAUGUCUCAUAUUCACACCCUGGCACAAGAUAUAGAAAAGGCUGGCGUGAGUUUGCGUGACGAUCAACAAUUGCUUGCGAUCGAGGCCUCGUUCAUCACCGGUCCCAAGGAAAACGCGAUUACGGCGCAUAAAAAAUUGGUUACUACUCUCGGGACCAACCCAGAGACCUUCGUGGAAUUCUGGCAACUUGGCCUUAGGAUGUACUGUUUAACGGGUGACAUAGUACGAGCUGAGCGAGUUGCUAACACUCUCCUCGAAUCCCCUCACGAAAAGGAUGCUCGGUUUCUAAUGUCAUUUAUUCGGACGUGCGCCGGCAGCCCCGCAACAGUAGAAAAAGGAUUCGAAUUAUAUCAGCGAUUACGAUCCAUCCUAGGUGAUUCUAUCACUAUCGAGGAUUAUGAUCAAAUUAUCUCCCACUUCUUAGCCUCGGGUCAAACGGAAUAUGCAUUUUAUAUAUUCGUGGAGAUGAUGACAUCCAAUACCAUUGACCUACGCGGGGCCUAUCGAGUGCCUCCGAGUGUUGCUAAUCCCUUCUUCUACAGCAAAUGGCUGAAGCGGUUAAUAGGGGCUGGUGAUCUGCAAGGCGCUUAUAACGUCUUACUUCAUAUGAAGUCUAAGGGCAUCAUGCCUCAAGCUAUUGUUGUCAAUGGUCUAAUUGGUGCAUGGCUGAGAUCACAUACAGCUGAAAACAUAGAAAAAGCCGAAGCAGUCGCUUGGUCUAUGAUCAAUGCCCGGAUGCAAUUCAUAAGCAUAAGGAAGGACAUGAAGAGCCUCGCUGCUUUCGUUAGGCUACGGCAGUAUGGGGAAGGCUGGCCUAGAGCAAAUCUAGAAACAUUUUCGCUACUCGCAGAGAAUUAUAAGGAACGUGGAAUACAUCAUAAGAUGGAGGAACUUUGGACAGCGUUUAGGAUAGCAGAAAUUGCGCCUAAUUCGUUUAUACUAAACCAACUGCUAUUCUCUUACCUUCAAGAUGGACAGGGGAAGCAAGUCGCGGCCAUCUCUCGCGACCUAACGAACCAAUACCAAGUUGCACCAGACUCGUGGACAUUUUUGGCCCUUUGGCAGGCCCUGCCAGUGAACCGUCUUGUUCAGGUACCAUUGGGGCAGUUCGUUGAAGAAAUAUCAAAGACUCGGUCCUUGUUUGCCGAUAUGGUCAGAUCAGCUCAUAUUUUCGCCGAAGGUAGUAUCGACACCCAGCUCGCAAGGUACAUUCUGCAUUCGUUCCGCAAAUUAGACGACAGACAUGGCCUGCUAUUGGCAUAUCGAGCGUUACGACAGAUAUUUAAAUUUGCGCCUCCAGAAUUCAUCGUACUCGAGAUGCACGUAGGAGCCAUGGAUCUGGAAAAGAUAAGAAAGGGUAGAGGUGGCCUUCGACUGAUGCACGCUGGGAAACAGAUGGAAAGCUAUCUAAGACAGAGAUACCAGGCACUCCUCGCAUCUGGACAGCUUCAGACAGGCGAUCAUCUACCAGAAGAAACAAAAAAGGAGGAAUUGGGCGAUUUUCUCGAGGCGUUUUUGCAGAACCAAAUCCCGAGGAAUGAAAAUACCGAGAAGUUCCUCGAACGGGCGGCCAUGGAAAUGGGCUUGCAUGGCGAGGUUCCAAGCUUUGAGAAAUCACCUAAGACAUAACGUCGUAUAUAUCAAAUACAUUUCCAGGACCUGGUUAUCCAGUAUCUGAUGAAAA